CGUCUUAGGACCCAAAUUUAUGACGCGCAUUUCAAAUUUCAAAACAAACGACUCAAACGACUGACUCGCACUUGUCAACAGAAGAACUAAGAAUGGAUGCGGUGGACUGAACGUCUCAUCCAAACUCAUGCAAAAUGAAUGCAUGUUGCGUGUGAAAAUGCUUGUGGUGAUUAUGUGUUUGCUUUUUAACACUGUAAUCACCAUAAACCGUUUUCGUACUUUCCUGAUUGAAGAUCAUCUGACUGCACGGUGAGACGACAGACCAGUGAUUCAAUCUAACAGUUAGUGAACUCACGUUAACGUUAGUUGGAAUAAAUUAAAGAGACUGAAGUUAUGGAAGCUUGUGGGGUCCCAUCUGAAGGCUCAAACAGCGCAGUGAAAGCUCCCUCCAUCGAGGACUUUGCUCUGGUCAAACCCAUCAGCCGAGGAGCCUUCGGGAAGGUUUACCUCGCCAGGAAGAAAUGCAACUCCAAACUCUAUGCAGUCAAGGUGGUGAAGAAAGCAGACAUGGUGGAUAAGAACAUGACUGAUCAGAUGAGAGCUGAGAGAGAUGCUCUGGCUCUUAGUAAAAGUCCUUUUAUUGUGCACCUGUUUUAUUCUUUACAGACUGCAACUAAAGUAUAUCUGGUAAUGGAGUAUCUGAUUGGUGGAGAUGUAAAAUCACUUCUUCAUAUUUAUGGAUACUUUGAUGAGGACAUGUCUCUGAAAUACAUCUCCGAGGUCGCCCUCGCUCUGGAUUACCUUCACAGACACAGCAUUAUUCACAGGGACUUAAAACCAGACAACAUGCUCAUCUCAAACGAGGGUCACAUUAAACUCACUGACUUCGGGCUCUCCAAGGUCAAACUUGACAGGGAACUCAACCUGAUGGACAUUUUAACCACACCUUCUUUGGUGAAGCCUAAGAAAGAUUAUUUCAGGACACCUGGUCAGGUUCUGUCACUGAUAAGCUCUCUUGGCCUCAAUACCCCGGUGACCGAAGGCAAGCAUCACGGCAGCACAGUGUUGGGCAGCCCCAUGUCCUGUGGCAAAGUCAAGCAGAGGAAUAGUUCACUGUGUUCACCGCUGCUGAAGAGACGGGCUGAUCAUCUGAAUUCACCAGUAUACACAACUCGAGCUCUAGGAUCCAACAGUGUGUUUAGUCCUGGCCUGCUGGCUAGGAGUUUGACACCAAGGCUGAUGAAAUCAAGGAAGAGAUUUGAGACUCUGAGUGCUGGGAGUUCCCACUCAUGCCUGUUACCAUCCACUACUGACUCUGAAGACUGUGUCAGCCCGAUGUGGGAAGAUGAGCAGAAUUUUCAAGAUGGCGAGAACCUUCCACAGUUAAGCAGAAGAGAGGUGGCCAAUAGAAUGUCAAGAAACAUUCCCUUGACACCAGUGGAAAGAAGGAGGAUGUUUCCAGCUCAAGAUCACAGCACUGUUUUGACUCCACUCAAUAACCAAGUGGACAAUAGCAGAAAUAUUAAACCAGAGAUUUCUACAAAGAGGCUCCAGUUCGGUGCAUCCGACAAUUGUACUACUCCACUGUGUAAGGCUGAUCCCCAUCAAUCAUUUGGGAACGUUCCUAUCAAACCGGAGCCACCAACAGAGUCCAAAUCCUCAGUAAAGAGAGCUUUUGUCGAAGUAGAGAAAAGCCCAGAACAGGCUGAGAUCCAUUGCAAGAAAAACGACACCGUGUACAAGAGGUCUUACCACAUUCCUGAGGACAACCCAAGGGCCCACACAGGCUUGACAGGAAUUUUCUCCACUGUGGGGCUUGAUGAUGUUAAAAGUGCAUCGAUAUGUCAACAGAUGAGUGAGAGAAUGGGCCCAAAGCAAUCUAGUCCCAUAGCAGUGGCCAAAAAUCUCUUCUGUGAUCUCGAAGAUCAAGGUGACGAGGUGGCUUUGCCUAAAAGCCCGACCUCACCCGGUGAUGACCGAAAUCUCAGAAGAAGUCUUAGUUUAGAUUCGGACAGCUCAGCCCAUGAGAUAUCAGUGAUUAAACAAGAGUCUUUGUCGUCCUCUUUUGAGGAGCUGGAUGAAAACGAGAUUUCUGUAGUCACACCAGCGGCCCGGCCCACCUUGGCUACACCAAAGCACAGCAGUGCAAAGCAGCAUAGGGGUAAAUCUGAGCGUUCUCUUCUUGACCAUCCUCGUGGGUUGUCUGACAGUAUGGUCAAAUCACCUGGCUUCCUCAAACCCAGGAACAUGGUUGCAUUUAGGAGCUACUGCAGCUCCAUAAACCACUCUUGCACUUCACAUCUCAGCCUGGCCUCUUUGGAUGCCAUGGAGCUAUCUGCGUCAGCCUCCUUUCACAAUGCCCAGUCUGCAGUGACUCCAGUUCAGAAGAAAAGACCCAGUCUGAGCAGCUCACUUUACCAGACUCCACAGCAGAUGGUUGUGUCUCACACUCCCUAUAGGACACCAAAAAGUGUUCGUAGAGGUCCAGAACGUGUGGAAGGGGCUCCUAUCCUGGGAACUCCUGAUUACUUGGCACCGGAACUUUUACUAGGCAAAGCUCAUGAUUUUAUGGUGGAUUGGUGGGCGUUAGGUGUCUGUCUGUUCGAGUUCCUCACAGGAAUCCCACCAUUUAACGAUGAGACCCCUCAGCUGGUGUUCCAGAACAUUCUCAACAGAGAUAUACCGUGGCCAGAUGGAGACGAGGAGUUAACCCAGAAUGCAAGAAAUGCCAUAGAGAUUCUUCUCACUACGGAUACAGCCAAACGUGCUGGCUUGAAAGAGCUGAAGGAUCAUCCGUUCUUUGAAGGUGUAGACUGGGAAAACCUUCACCAUCUGACUAUGCCCUUCAUCCCUCAGCCCGAUGAUGAGACAGACACCUCGUACUUUGAGGCGAGAAACACGGCCCAGCAUCUCACUGUAUCAGGCUUCAGUCUGUAACACACACACACACACAGUGCUCUUGUUUGUCCUUCUGUUUCUCUCUUCUCUCUUCAUUCAUGUUGGAAAGUGUCCUGAAAUGCUGCGAGGUGGGAUUUUAACACUUAUCCACAUACAUGCUGCAAUAUUCGUAUAAAAUCUUACGUUAUGUUUAUUUGGAAAAAGUAAUAUAUUAUGUAACACUAAUGUUUGUACUGAUUUAAGAUCGAAGAUGUUGCUAUUUUUACUCAUGUUUUCUUGAAACGAUGCUUGUUGGAUUGUAAUUUUAACAUGCUAAAUGUUUUAACUAGUCUACAGCAAGUUUGAUUCUGGACAUGGUUGCUGCUUAAAAAAAAAAAUAAAAGUACCUUUUUGUCAAUUUAUAAUCAUUUGAUGCAUAUACAACACUUUGAAAAAUGUGGUUUACAAGACUUGCCUAGGUUUCAGAUGAUUCUAGAAAUGUUUAUUUAAAUAAAAUACAAUUGUUGUAUUAAUAA